AACUCAAAACUAAAAUUUUGAAGAUAUCAACUUAAAAACAACACAAAUAGGGGAUAAGGUCUACGCACAAGAAAAAACAAAAGUUGCUUGUGAGCAAUUAUAUAUUAGAGUCUAUAGCCUCAUUGUUUUGGCAUGUGUUGUUUGUGUUUAUUGAGAGGUAAUUAGGAGCAAAGAGCAAUGAGGCCUCAAUUUGUGUUGUUUGGUUCUUCCAUUGUUCAACACAGUUAUUAUGAAGGUUGGGGAGCUACUAUUUCUCAUUUGUACGCUCGUAAGGUGGAUGUAAUUUUACGUGGAUAUGCCGCAUGGAAUUCAAGGCGUGCUCUUCAAAUUGUGGAUAAAAUAUUUCCUAAGAAUGCAACUGAGCAACCAGCACUAGUAAUUGUGUACUUUGGUGGUAAUGACUCUUAUCGUCCAUAUCCAAGUGGCGUUGGUCCUCAUGUACCAUUAGAGGAAUACAUAGAAAAUAUGAGGAAGAUUGCUAUCCAUAUAAAGAGUCUGUCAGAGACAACUCGAAUUAUAUUUCUCAGUCCUCCUCCCAUCAAUGAGGCACAAAUCAGUAACAACAUUAAUGAAUUUGGGCAACUCAUAAGGACAAAUGAAGCAUGUCGAAUAUAUUCGGAAGCGUGUUUAGAGAUGUGUCGCGAGGAGAAUAUCAAAGCCAUUGAUAUGUGGUCUUUAAUUCAGACUAGAGAUGAUUGGAGAGAUGUUUGCUUCAUUGAUGGAGUUCAUCUGUCAAUUGAGGGUAGCAAAAUAGUGUCGGAUGAGAUAUUGAAGGUGAUCAACGAAGCAGAGUGGAAACCAAGUCUAUAUUGGCAUGACAUGUCAGUUGAAUUUGGAGAAGAUUCACCAUAUGAUCCUGUUCUUCCUGAUGGAGUCACAACUAUUAAUGUCUCCAACAUGCCUUUCCCUUGAAAUGUAGUGUGGAACUAGAAUUAUGUCUUAAAUUCAUAGAAUCCUUUAAGAAAUAACAGAAUAAAAUGUUUCAAUGUUGUGCUUAAGGAAAUAUGGUACCCUUUAAUCUUACGUGCUUAAUAAUAAAUGGAUGAUAAUUACUUGACCAUGGUUUUUCACCAUGUGAUUUGUGAAAUUAAUUAAUUUGAUUUUGUUUGCUCUUUAA